CCACCUUCAGCGAUAGAAUUUGAUAGGCACUUCAUCGGAAAUAGUAACUGUGUACUUUGUAGCUGCUUUUCAAAAUGAUGGACUCGAUAGUUCCCAAGGAAGCAGAGAAGCACUGUGUAUUGUGUUGCCAAGAUAUCGAUAUAUUCGCUUUAGGAAAAUGCGAUCAUCCGGUUUGCUACCGCUGCUCCACCAAAAUGAGGGUCCUGUGCGAGCAGAAGUACUGCGCUGUCUGCCGGGAGGAGCUCGACAAGGUGGUGUUUGUGAAGAAACUGACAACUUUCUCAUCACUUUUAUUUAAGCAGUUCCCCUGUGAGAAGAAGCAUGAUAUUUAUUUUGCAGAUGAGAAGGUCUAUAGUCAAUUCAGGCAUCUGCUGUUGCCAGAGUGUGUCCGUUGUCCAGAGCCAAAGGUCUUUUCCAGAUUUGAAGAGCUCGAGCACCACAUGAGGAAGCAGCAUGAGGUUUUCUGCUGCAGGCUCUGCACAAAGCAUCUCAAAAUCUUCCCCUAUGAGAGGAAGUGGUAUAACCGUAAAGAACUGGCCCGUCAUCGUGCACAUGGAGACCCUGAUGACACCAGUCAUAGAGGCCACCCACUCUGCGAGUUCUGUGAUGACCGUUACCUUGACAAUGAUGAGCUACUUAAACACUUGCGGAGAGACCACUACUUUUGCCAUUUCUGUGAUGUAGAUGGUUCUCAGGAAUAUUACAGUGAUUACCAAUACCUGAGCGAGCACUUCAGAGAUGCUCAUUAUCUGUGCGAGGAAGGCCGCUGCGCUACUGAACAAUUCACACAUGCGUUCCGUACUGAGAUUGACUACAAAGCUCACAAGGCUGCGGCACACAGCAAAAGCAGGGCAGAGGCACGACAAAACCGCCACAUCGACCUCCAGUUUACCUACGCUCCAAGGCAACAGAGGAGAAAUGAAGGUCUGGUGACGGGUGAGGACUAUGAGGAGGCACGUCAUAAUCGAGGGGGAAGAGGGAGACAUCAGGGCAGACAGAAGAGUUGGAGGUACAUCCGAGAAGAAGAAAACAGAGAGCUGGCAGCUGCUAUGAGGGCAUCCAUGGCACAUCACCAACAGGUGGACAGAGGGGUGGCGAAUGAAAGAAAUGCACCCAGACUUGCUAGGGAGGAGCAACUUGAGAGAACUGAACCAGAUGAUUCCAAACAAAAGACUACCAAUCCAGCAGGGAAACCUCCAGUAAGGACCAUGCAGAGUACUAAUCCACUGGAUGAAGAAGAUGACUUCCCAACUUUGGGUGCCACAGCUGCUACAUCUGCAUCGAGUGUAAAGUCAACCACUGCAAAUGUUGCAGCAAUCAAUGAAGCUCUGAAGGAAGAUGACUUUCCUAGUCUGCCAGGCGUCAGUGUGGCGGCCACGCUGACUCCAGCCUACUCUGCCCCACCUAAAACACAUUCCUCGUUCAAAGAGGAGGAUUUCCCUGUUCUUGUGUCCAAUGUCCGGCCCACCAGACCAGCAGCAGUCAGAAGUUCGGCUUGGUCCAACCAUACUGCUGGGGUCAAGCCGACAAACCAGACCCUUCCACCCUCAUCCAGACAUCCUGUUCCUGUUUCAACCGUUUCUGCUCCUAAGCUCCUCUCCUCUUCCAGCUCCUCUUUUUCACAGAGAAAAAAGAAAGUUGGGGAGAGCGGGAAAGCAAAGUCUGACCAGUCUCCAUCCGAUGAUUAUGAAAGUAGUGGAAUGACCCAGCAAGAGUUCCGUUCUGUGUGCACCAUGUUGGACAUCUCAACCCUGCUCACAGUUAAAGAUGGAAACGCUAAACCCUCAACUUCGGUUUCCAGCACUCUAAACCAGACCCCCAGCACGAAUAUCUCUACUUCUAAAGCUAGCAAAAAGAAAAAACAGAAGAACCCAUCAGCUCCUUCCACACCUGCAGGUUCAGGGACGAUGCCAGCUGGAAAUACUGUCUUAGUGGAAAAGGCUUCACAAAAGGAGAAUGUUCCUGAGAACCCCACCCCUCCCACUGAUGUGACAGCCAUGAUGGAAAUGCUUCCAAGCGGAUUAGCUAAUGGUCACAUGGAGAAGUUAACAGUUUGUAAGGAUUCCUCUCUUGACCAAGAUGAAGACUUCCCUGCCCUCAAGACAAAGAAACCACCACCAGGUUUCAAGAGCUCAUUCCCAAUGAAGGCCACAACUCCUGCUCCAUCCUCCACUGUGCCUCCUCCACCUGGUUUGGGAGUCACGACCACAAAGCCUCCUCCUGGUUUCACCGGUAUUCCCCUCAACAACAAUGUGCUGGAACUUGCUGCUUCCCCAGUUAACCCGCCCCCCAAAUUGUCUGGCAAUUACCUGGUACCAGAAGACUACCAGCAGAGGAACUUGGAGUUGAUCCAGUCCAUUAAAAAAUACCUUCAUGAUGACGAGUCACAGUUCAACCUGUUUAAGAAUUAUUCUGCACAGUUCCGAAAGGGUGUGAUAUCAGCAGCUCAGUACCACCACAGCUGUAAGGACCUGCUUGGAGAGGACUUCAGUCGCAUUUUCAAUGAGCUGCUGGUGCUCUUGCCGGACACUGGCAAGCAGCAGGAGCUCUUAUAUGCACACGGACACUCCAAGACAAUGGAGAAGCAGUCAGGAGCUGGUGGAGGACGGAAGAACAGGAAUAAGAAUGCCUGGCAGGCACCCACAUUGGCAGUUAAUGCUAAUGUGGCAGCUGAGCUGGACUGUCAGCUGUGCCCCACAUGCAGACAGGUACUGGCCCCCAAAGACAUUAACUUCCAUAAGACCCUUCACACCACAGAGAGUGAGGAUUUCCCCUCCCUGCAGUCGAUUAGUCGCAUCAUCAGCUAGCCUCCUGAGGUUCUACUCGUUGUCAUCGGCACCCAUGAAGCAAGUUGUCUGUUGAUGCCUUGCAUCAGCCAGCGUGGAAAAGAGGAACCUGUUUUUCAGGUGACCCCCAUCCCAGAUGUUUGUGGGUUUGAUUUUCAAAGUUGACUUCAAGAGCGUUCAAGGCAUUUUACAGAGGAUGAUAUUGAUGGGCUUUUGUGAACGGUUGUACAUUUUAAGCAUAAUGAUUUGUUCUUUCAUUUCAACUUGCAUCUUGAGGAUGUUUCCAGCUGGCAGCUGCUGGACUUAUGUUUAAUCAUAACUGGUAAUUUAUUUACCAGAAGAGGAGAAAGCUGAGGCUGUACUUGAAGAAUACAUGUUGCUGCCAGAUAAAGUCUAUAAAUUUUAUUUUUGGUAUAUUUUGUGCUGCAGUGUGAUCAGAAGAUUGCAAAGUUUUCUUUUUUUAAUGUUAAAAUUGAGACGAGGGGCCCCACAGGGCUGCUUGGUGUUACUUAAAACAAACAAACAAAAAAGAAAACAACCCUAAUAUUGAAAGCUCUUCUUCUGCUCUUUUUUGGCACCAAUUAGCACCAAGUUCAUUGAGGGAAAUGCCUGCAGUCUGCGAGGUGCAGUGACACACUGACAGGUUCGGACCAUAUUAAAUGUAUAGAUUCUAACUUUUUGCUUUACUCGGCACUGUGAGGUCUUAAUGUUAAAUGUUUCUUUUCAGAGGUCGAAUGUAAUUUGCAGUUUCUUUUUUAUUCUGUUCACAUUGGUCUGCACUAGAAUUGGUCUGGUGGUUGACUGAUGCAUUAUUUGAUAACUGGGUGUGGAGUUUCACUAUUUCGUGAUCCUUGCAACCUCACUCCGCAUACAUACUUUUCAAGGUGUGGUUAUAAAAUGCACUAAUCCACUUACGAUAACUAGUUUUUAAUAAAUUAGCUAAUAGUACCUAUGGGCAUUAAGAGAGUAAGAGGUCUGGCAUUCUGAAGUUUGACCUCCAGUUAUCUUGACCUUUUAUCUCUGUGGUUGACCUUGCCAGGGCAGUUCUGGACUCAAUCGAAGUAUGUGACACAUUGGUUGAAAUUGUGUUGAAAAUCAAAUUCCUUGACCUUUUCCUGAAAUUAAUUCUUAAAGUGCAAUUUCAGGGGCAACCUACAUUCUUUUUCAAAAAGAAGAGGAUGUCUACAUUGUCUGGUGAUGGGGUAAUAAUUCAAACUUUAUAUAGCAGUUUCAGGAUAAAUAUAAUCCUUCUGCGCAGGCACAUGAUUUUUGAAGAAUGAUCUCAUUCAGAUCAGUAAGCAUAUUCUGUCUUCAUCUUCUGAUAUUUCAUAGUGAUUCUGUAUUUCACAUUAUUAUGUAGUCUUUGCAAUUAAUCCAUGGUUCAUUUGUGUGCGGAGCUGGGGGGGCAUAUAUGGAUCGUGGAUCAACUGAUCUGUUACAGCACUUUGAUCCUAAUGACUUUGAUCCCAUUGAUUGACCUUUGGAAAAUUUGAUUUAGUCUUGGCAGGUCUAGAACCCACCUCCAUAUGUGUGCCAAGUGUGACUAGAUUUUGUAGUAAAAAAUCUGAAUUUUGUCUUUUGUCAAAACAAACCUUUUAAGGGCAACUCGGGGGGUGGUGACGACCAUCAGCCACAUACCAAGUUUGGUGGAACUUCACAUAUUUGUGGAUUUAAUGUCCAGUCAGCUUCAUAUAAAAGGAGCUGUGUCUAUGGUAUUCCUCUAAAA